AGUCAUUGAUCAUGAUUGAUCUUGUCCGGCCUGUUGCCCGAUCCACCGAAUCCUUCCUUCCUAAGACGAGAUCAGCCAUAGAUGAUCUUCUGAGGUUGGAGGCGAAAUUUCCUAACUUUCACGGAAAGGUUUACCCCACGCGUGAAGAUGCUCAUGAGCGCCUACUUGAUGGGAUUGCUGAGCUAGGGCGUGCAACUAACGGGGGUGAGGAUUCUAACCAUGGAAUAACGGAGAAAGGAGUUCAAAUCAUUAUGCAGAGAGGAAUCCAAAAGUCUGAGUGUGGUACAGGUUGGGUGUUCUCCCGUGAUCUCCGGCAUCGUGUUGGAAGCCUGUAUGGUUUAUACAACCAUAACCUAGAGCAGGUUGCAACAAAUAUACAUUGUAAACAUCUACUUAUAAAGGCGUCCUUGAGUCCUAACUAUGAAGAGGAUGAGAGUAUAUCUAGGACGAUAGCUUGUUACAGCAAAAAUCCACUAUUUGUUAACAGGGUGGUUGAAGGAAACCAUCAUCUUCACCUCAACAAUCCGGAAAAUGUUCUCCCUGUAAUCAAAGAAUUUAUCCUGUCCAAUUCAAAUCUGUAGUAAACGAACUGUCCCGACUUGAUUAACCUUCAGAAAUUUGUUAAAAAUAAAUUGUUAUGUAAUCAAAACAGAUACAUUUGUGCAUUGUGACUUUGCAUAUUAUUUUGCAGUCUCUAACUAGAGUCAAUGUAGAAUUAACAAAAUCAUACGUCCACUCAAAGUUCCAAUCACGAAGUGUUCUAAUUAAUAGGCUAUUUUUUUCUUAAAUUACAAAUAUAAGUGAACGGUCUCCUUGAACUAUCAUCAAGUUUAGAAAUUUGUUGACUAUUAUAUUGUUAUGUAAUGAAUACAUGUAGCUGAACCACUGAUUCUCGUGUGCUUGAUGUUAUUUGAGGACUUUAUAGUGCUUAACUUUACUAAAAUUAGUCGGAUUCUGCUUUUCAGUCCUGACUUCAGUUGAUUUAUUGUUAAGUCAGAAAAUUGUUGAUGUAAAUAAAAUCUUAGCUUUAAGGA